AUGAGUUCAUUCACAAAAAAUAAAUUAAGUAAUUUUGCAAAUACAAAUAAUCAAAUAAUAAAAAUUGAUAUGGUUGUUCUUGGUAGUGGUGCUGUUGGAAAAACAGCAUUAACAGUUCAAUUUCAUCAACAAUAUUUUAUUCAUGAAUAUGAUCCAACAAUUGAAGAUUCUUAUACAAAGAAUUGUAGAAUUGAUAAUGAUAAUUAUUCAUUGAAUAUAUUAGAUUCAGCUGGAAAUGAAGAUUAUACUGCAAUACGUGAUCAAUAUUUAAAAAACUCUGAUGGAUUUUUAAUAGUUUAUGAUAUAAGUGAUAGAGUUAGUUUUGAAAAAACAAGUGAGUUAGUUGAUCAAAUUAAAAUGGUUAAAGAUGUUGAAUCAUUUCCAAUGGUAUUAAUUGGUAAUAAAUGUGAUUUAGAUUCAGAAGGUCAAAGAAAAGUUUCAUUAACUGAAGGUAAUGAUCUUUCAAAAUUCUAUGGUUGUCCAUUCUUUGAAACUUCUGCUAAAACAACAUUAAAUGUUGAAUCUUCAUUUUUUCAAUUAGUUAGAGAAAUUCAACGUUUUGAACAAUUUGAAAAAGAAAAACAACUUGAAAGAGAAAAAAAGAAAUUAAAAAAUUUAAAUAAUAAUAAUAAUAACAACAACAACAACAAUAAUAAUAAUAAUAACUCAAAUAGAACAAAUAGUUUUAAUAGUAUUGGUAGAAAAAAUAAAGUAAAAUUUGAUUUAAAUAAUAAUAAUAAUAAUAAAGAUGACUAUAAUGAAAAUAAUAAUAAUAAAGGUGGAAAUGAUAAGAAAAAAUCAGAAAUUAAUAAUUCAAAAGCAUGUGGACCUAAAAAAAGUUUUAAACAAAAAAUUUUUACUAGUUUUUCAUGUAUACAUGGUGGAACAAAUAGUUAA